AUGGAGGAAGCACCUCUGAAUGGUACGGAACGCUUGGCAGACGCGAACGGGGAUAUUACGUUGAUUCCAACCCCGACCAAUUCUCCCGAUGAUCCACUGAACUGGAGCACGUGGCGCCGUUAUUGGCACGCGUUUCUGAUCUUAUUCAUCGUCGCGUUCACCGCCGCAACUUCCAACGAUGCUGGCACCGCUGGAAAUGGUAUGAAUGCCCAGCUGGGAAUCAGCUGGGAUGAUAUCAAUAUUGCGGCCGGUGUGUUGUUUGUCGGGAUCGGGUACUGCACCUUGCUUCUGAGUCCGGCGCCCUUUCUCUACGGGCGCCGCAUCUCCUACCUGAUAUGUUUGGUGUUUUCGAUCGUCGGCUCGAUUUGGUUUGCGCGCGUGCAGACCGUGCAGGACAACAUUUGGAAUCAAUUGUUCGUCGGCGCGUCGGAGUCAUGUGCCGAAGCGAUGGCCCAGUUAUCCCUGUCGGAUAUCUUUUACCAGCACAAUCGUGGUCUGGUUCUGGGUUUCUAUAUUCUUGCGACUAGUAUCGGGACGUUCAUGGGUCCACUGGUCGCCGGGUUUAUCACCGAUAGCCCGGCGAUGGGGUGGAGAUGGGCAGGAUGGCUCGCGGUCAUCAUUUCGGGAUUCAUGCUCAUCCUUUUCUACUUCGGGUUGGAGGAGACUUUCUUCGAUCGCAAGGCUGUCCUGCAGGGACUGGACGUGCGACCGGAGGGUACGACCAGCCGCCCGCCCUCGGACGAAAAGGCCGAUCGCCCUCCGAUUGUCGAGCCAAUUCUGGUGAACAACGCUACGGACGAAGAAAGUGGCCAGAAGAAGGGGAAGACCUACUGGCAACGCAUCGCGUUGAUCACGCCUUCUCCGACCUUGAUCGGGACCGGCUUCAAGCAGUACUACCGCCGCAUCUGGCACACCCUACGCAUCUUCACCUUCCCCGCAGUGCUCUACUCGGGACUGCAAUGGGGUGCCCAGGAUGCCUGGCUGACCUUUUAUCUCACCAUCGAAGAGGAUAAUUGGUACGAAGCGCCCUGGUACUACACCGAUGCCGCGGUGGGCAUUAUGAACGUGCCCACUCUGAUCGGCGCCCUCAUCGGCUGUAUUUACGGUGGUUGGUUCUCCGAUUUUUUUGUCACCUGGAUGGCCAAACGCAAUGGGGGCAUCUUCGAAGCGGAGCAGCGCCUGUGGCUUAUGUUCCCCGUUGCGCUCGUCGGACCGGCAGGUCUCAUGUUGUUCGGUAUUGGCUCCGACAAAGGCUGGAGCUGGCCGUGGCCGUACGUAGGACUGGGUUUCAUUGGAUUCGGCUGGGGCUGUGCCGGCGAUCUUAGCAUGGCCUACCUUCAGGACGCGUACCCGGAUAUGGUCCUUGAGGGCAUGGUGGGUGUGUCCGUGAUCAACAAUACGAUCGGAUGCAUUUUCACCUUCUCGGCCCAAUACUGGAUCGACGCACAGACGUUGGCUCAGGUCUUUAUCGCCAUUGGUAUUCUGAGCUGGGCUUUCCUCAUGACGACUGCGCCUAUGAUCUAUUGGGGAAAGAAGUGCCGUCGACUCACUCAGAAGCGAUACGAGAACUUCCUCCGUAUCCGCGAUGGUCAUCUUUAG